GUUGUUGAGAUUCAAAGGCUUUCUUGGUUGAAUCAAUCAAUGCGUUGCACAAGAAGCUGGGAUCUUGCUACUGCUUUGCGUGUCGAAUGUUGGAGAUCUUCUUCAUCAGCAUUUGGAAGCUUGAGACAACAUUAAUGGGUCGAGGUCUUUGCUUUGUGAGUUUGGGGAAAUAAAUACCCUUUAAUCAGCUCUAUCUAUUUGCUGCAUUGCCUGGGAUAUUGCUUUGAUUUGACAUUUGUCUAUAUUUGCUGCAUUGCCUGGGAAAUAAAUACCCUUUAAUAAAAAAGAUGUGGGAGAAGGGACUCAUUCACUCAAGGUUUAUAUUUUGCUUGAUGCUCGUCUCCAUGUUCCUUUUGGUCGUAUCUUUUCUUUUCCUAUUCCAGUUCAGCAGCCAUUCUUUGAUACCUAGAUCGGUGUUAGAGCUUAUUCUGGUCAAUAACACAUCACUUUACUUCAUGCCCAAUUUCAAGAGGGAAAAACUUGUACUCCCUCAUGACCCUUCCGGAGACUUGAAGCUUCAGUUGCAAAAACAUGGAGAAUCCGAUUGUCGAGUUCCAAAUUCAAGCCAGAAAACAAGUUCUUUAGGACAGCAGAUGAGUGUGACAUCUGACCCAUUGAGAGUAUUCAUGUAUGAUUUGCCUCCAGAAUUUCACUUUGGGUUAUUAGGUUGGAAGGGAAGUGUAAAUCAAACGUGGCCAGUGAUUGACGACCUCAAAUGUAUCCCCCACUAUCCUGGUGGAUUGAAUCUACAGCACAGUAUAGAAUAUUGGCUCACACUUGAUCUUCUGUCAUCAAACAAUGCAAAACCUGACCAACCUCACACCGCAAUUAGAGUGCAUGAUUCAAGUCAGGCAGAUGUAAUUUUUGUGCCAUUUUUCUCAUCUUUGAGUAUGUUGCAAGACAAGUUGGUAAGGUUUCUGAUGGGCCGGAAAGAAUGGAAGCGCUCGGGGGGGAAGGAUCAUCUAAUUGUAGCCCACCAUCCUAACAGCCUGCUAGACGCAAGGAAAAAAUUGGGAUCUGCUAUGCUUGUGCUUGCCGAUUUUGGAAGGUACCCUGUUGAAUUAGCAAAUGUGAAGAAAGAUAUAAUAGCUCCCUAUAGGCAUCUAGUAAGCACCGUACCAAGAGCUAAAUCAGCUUCAUACAAUGAACGCCCCACGCUGGUGUAUUUUCAGGGUGCAAUAUACAGGAAAGAUGGAGGAGCUAUUCGCCAAGAGCUGUAUUACCUUCUAAAAGAUGAGAAAGAUGUGCAUUUUGCAUUUGGGAGCAUAGGAGGAAAUGGAAUCAAUCAGGCAAGCCAUGGAAUGUCCCAAUCAAAAUUCUGCCUGAACAUUGCUGGGGAUACCCCGUCCUCCAAUCGCCUCUUUGAUGCAAUAGUAAGCCACUGUGUUCCUGUGAUCAUUAGCGAUGAAAUCGAGCUACCCUUUGAAGAUGUCUUGAACUACUCAUAUUUUUCCAUUUUUGUUUGUGCCUCUGGCUUGAAGGAUAUCACGCAUCACUUUGAGUAUCAAUAUCCAUCCCAGCCUGGGGAUGCAGUAAAUAUGAUUUGGCAGGAUGUUGCACGUAAGAUUUCUUCAGUGAAGUUCGAUUUGCACAGGAAGAACAGAUACCGGAGAUCUCAACUUCCAGUUAAGACCGACUGAAACACAGAGAGUUUCUUGUGCUUGAACUUUCUGACCUUGGUCUUACUCAACAUACCAAUAGGAGAGACAGAGUCACGGAGAUCUAGUUUCGUUUUUCCUUUUUAGGCCGCUGUCAAAAGCCUCCUUCUCUCCCUUGUCUCUGUAUUUCACUGAAUAGUCCAUCUUGCUGAUGGGGGAAAAGCAUUAUUUUUUUUUUGUCUUAUUAUUUUUUUU